AUGGCAAAAGCUAAACCUUGUAAACCUGUCAGUGUACCUAACAAAGCUCUAUACAGUAGGGUUUCCUACCUUUACCAAGCGUCGGUUUACUUAGCCACACAAAGCCUCCACCAAAACACACCGACAUCAGCGGAGCCAGAGAAUAAAUCUAUGAACGUAGACAGUGGUGUAAACUUGUCGGAGAAGCCAGAAACUUCACUCGGUUCUAUGAAUACACUAUCUCGUCGUCUGGUACGUGAUCUAAGAAGUAUCACUUUGAAAGCUCAAAUUCGCAUGUCACCCUCACUUAAGCACACUCUCUGUAAAGGUUGUAAUACUGUUCUCAUUGAUGGGCUGAGCUGCGUGAAUGAGAUAGAAAACCUCAGUCGGGGUGGUCGUAAGCCUUGGGCCGACAACUUAGUUCGGAAAUGCAAUACAUGUCAAACUAUACAGAGAUUUCCUCUUGCAUCAAAGAAACAAAAAAGGCGUUCUGUAAGGAUUAUCAACCAAGCCGAUACUAUGACAGCAUCGAAAGAAAAUGAGCUUUGA